AUGUCUUCCACAUCGACGCAACCGACCAGUUCUUUCGACGUCACCGUCGAAGACUCGGUAUCUCUCACCCAAACCCUGACCAAAAUCGACUCAUCAAAUGUGACGUUAUCAGCCACCCCGGGUGCCGGAGAGACACAGAUCGCGAACUACCUCACCGCAUGGCUCGAACAUCGGGGCAUCGAGACCCAUCGGAUUGAGACUGUUCCCGGCCGCCCAUCCAUCGUCGGUGUGAUCCGGGGAUCUGGCGGAGGGAAGUCGUUGAUGCUGAAUGGCCACAUCGAUACUGUCAGUUUGACCAGCUACGAGCAUGAGCCUCUAUCUGGACAUGUUGGCGAGAAAGACGGACGCCCUGUCAUCUUUGGUCGUGGCGCAUUGGACAUGAAGUCCGGACUCGCUGCCGAAAUGGCCGCCCUGGCGACUAUCAAGGCCAGAAAGACCCCUCUUCGCGGAGACGUCAUCCUCACCGCCGUGUCAGACGAGGAAGACGCAUCUCAAGGCACGCAAGAUCUGAUUGCGGCUGGCUGGCGCGCCGACGGCGCCGUGAUCCCGGAGCCGACGAACCGCGUGCUCAUCACAGCCCACAAAGGCUUCGUAUGGAUCGAGGUCGAUAUCCUAGGGACUGCAGCACACGGCUCCGAUCCGGCCUCGGGAGUGGACGCGAUCCUACAAGCUGGAUGGUUCCUCACGGCGCUUGAAGAAUACCAGAGCCGGCUGCCAGUCGACGAGAUGAUCGGACCGGCAUCCCUGCAUUGCAGCUUGAUUCACGGCGGCGAGGAGCCUUCAUCUUACCCGGCGAAAUGCACCGUGACGAUCGAGUUCCGGACUAUUCCUGUGCAAACGGAUGCGUCGAUCUUGUCGGACAUCACCAGCAUCUUGGCUACUAUUGCCCAGAACAAACCUACUUUCCGGUUCAAUGAGCCGCGAUUGACGCUGUCUCGUCCGUCUUACAAACUACCGGUCGAGCAUUCGUUGGUUCAGCAGACUACUAAGAUUGCCGGGGACGUGUAUGGGAAGCGUCCGCCUAUUGAGAGCAUGGCUAUUUGGUGCGAUGCUGCGCUUCUUGCGGAGGCGGGGACACCGACUAUUGUUCUCGGUCCGGCAGGACAAGGGUUGCACGCUAAGGAGGAAUGGGUUGAUGUGCAGAGUAUACGGGAGACGGAGGAGAUUUUUGUUCGUCUGAUCUCUGAAUUUUGUAACUAA